AUGGCAUACACCCCCCUGCCCAUCGCUUACACAGUCGAGAUCUUACCCUUCGACUUGCGUUCCAAGGGCAUGGCUCUAUUCACUAGCACCGCCACUUUGGGUAAUGCCUUCAACCAAUUUGUCAACCCAAUUGCUCUCAAGAGCAUUGCAUGGCGCUACUAUGGUGUGUAUAUUGCCAUUCUUAUCUUCUACUUUGCUUUUAUCUACUUGAUGUUUCCGGAGACCAAGCGUCUUUCUGCCGAGGAAGCUUCAAGAGUCUUUGAUUUUGACAGGAAGGGCCGCCCUCGCGACAGGACCCUUGAUGUUGAAACCGUGGCCAAGAACGACCUUGACAACGAGAAGCUGUCCAAAAUCACAUCUGAGGCGGAGAAAAAGGCGUGA